AUGACAGGUAAAAUGUUGAAUGAAUACAAGAAACUUGUUCUGCUAAAAGGAAUAGAACCUAUCACUCAUUAUCAUUUUAGAAUGGUUAAGUCCUUACUGGCUUCUGAAUUAAAACUGACCAAAAAAAUGCAAGAUGAACGCAACAAAAUUCAAUUUGCUGAUCUGAUGGAAGAGAUGUUGCAGAGUGAUGCUGGAGUGAGAAAACUGAUAGAAUUGUUUAAAGCAAUAGCAGAACUUGAAAACCUUGCUGAUGAUCUUAGAAAAGAGAUGUUAAAAGGAUUUUCACACACCAUGCAGUUCUUCCACCUGGAAAACCUUUGA